AUGACCAACAAUCCAAUCACCUCUUAUCUGGUGGGUUUCCACCUCAAGGGUGCUGGGUUGAGGGCUAGGGCCUGGGUAUUACCUAUGGUCUUAUAUGACCAAAUCACCCAUUCCCAGUCAUCCACAGUCAGCUGGGAGCACAGUCUAGCCAUGCUUCCCAUGCCACCUGAAGUGCACAGGAAUGUUUUGUCUCACCCCAGCAUUGAAACUAAUUGUACUGUGGUGAAAAUGUACUGGUUAAAAGUGGGCACCAAUAUUUAUGGGGAUUACUCUGAGAAAAUGGCCCAGAUGAACCAGGAGGAUGGUUUCAUGAGUUGGGGUAGAAGAGGGAGCCUUGAUGGUCCCAAUUCAUUGUUUGGCAUUGUUUACCAUGUGAUAUACCAUAAAGCCAAGAGUAACAGUGGGCCCUGUGAGGUGUUCAUCAUGUUUCACCAGCAGCAGACAUUUUGGGAAGGUGGUGGGGAUCAAAGUGGACUAGGUUCUGGCCUCUCUUCCCAAAACAUGACAAGCCCUGGUCAAGACCAAGAAUCACUAUCCCAACUUGCAAAUCAAAGUGCUAUUUGA